AUGUCGUCGAAGGGAGCUGUGUAUGUAGCAAUUGCUGCCGCCAUUGGCAACAUGUUGCAAGGAUGGGAUAAUGCCACAAUUGCAGGAGCUGUUCUUUACAUCAAAAAGGAAUUCCAUUUAGAAACACAACCAACAAUCGAAGGGCUAAUUGUAGCCAUGUCACUAAUCGGUGCAACAGUUAUCACAACAUUUUCAGGACCUGUAUCAGACAACAUCGGAAGGCGUCCAAUGCUUAUAAUUUCAUCAAUGUUUUACUUCACUAGUGGUCUAGUAAUGUUUUGGUCUCCAAAUGUUUACGUUUUGCUAAUAGCAAGACUUCUUGAUGGAUUCGGGAUAGGUUUGGCUGUGACACUUGUGCCCUUAUAUAUCUCUGAAACAGCCCCAUCAGACAUUAGAGGGCUGUUGAAUACACUUCCACAGUUCACGGGUAGUAUUGGAAUGUGUUUAGCGUACACUAUGGUAUUCAUUAUGUCAUUAAAAUCCAAUGCCAGUUGGAGAAUGAUGCUUGGGGUCCUCUCUUUACCUUCUGUUUCGUACUUUCUUUUAACUUUGUUUUUCUUGCCUGAAUCUCCUCGAUGGUUGGUGAGUAAAGGGAAGAUGGAUGAGGCUAAAGUUGUCCUCCAAUGGCUUCGUGGCAAAGAAGAUGUAUCGGGAGAAAUGGCGUUACUAGUUGAAGGUCUAGAAGUGGGAGGAACUGAAACGUCAGUAGAAGAGUACGUCAUCGGGGCUGAUAAUGAGCUUAGUGAAGAUCACGUUGAAGAGAAAGAUCAAAUCAAGUUAUAUGGAGCAGAAGAAGGUCAAUCAUGGGUGGCUAAACCUGUGAGGGGCCAAAGCUCUUUAGUCUUAGCUUCACGUCAAGGAAGUGUAACAGCACAUAUGAUGGAUCCGAUGGUGACUCUAUUCGGAAGUGUCCACGAGAAACAAAAUGAAAACGGAAGUAUGAAAAGUAUGCUUCUUCCAAAUUUUGGAAGCAUGUUCGCUCAAGAACACCAUAAAACAGACAACUGGGAUGUCGAGAGCAAUCACGACAAGGGUAAUUUAUCAGAUGAUGAUGAUGAUAAUAACUUGAAGAGUCCAUUGUUAUCUCGUGAAGCAACAGAAAGAGACGUGGUUGCCUCUGCUUCAAGGGGUAGUAUGUUACUAAACAACGCUAAUGAGACAACCACCGCCAUGGGGAUUGGCGGUGGGUGGCAGUUGGCUUACAAAAAGUCCGAUGAUGGGAAGAAAGCCGGUGGACUUAAGAGGAUCUACCUGCACCAGGAAGGUGGCGCCGCCGUUGAAUCUAGACGUGGGUCAAUUGCUGCACUUGGUGUCGGUGGUGGUGGUGAUGGUGAGGCUGUCCGUGCGUCGGCUCUUGUGAGUCGAUCGGUUCUUUGUCUAGACAAUGUCACCGGAGAAAACCCUAUUCAGACUGGCACAAUCAAGCCGCCGCCGUCUGCUAAAAAGGGCACAAGUUGGUCGGAGCUUUCAGAGCCUGGUAUUAAACAAGCGUUGAUUGUUGGUGUAGGGAUUCAAAUACUUCAACAGUUUUCUGGUAUAAAUGGAGUUUUGUACUACACUCCUCAAAUUCUUGAACAAGCUGGGGUAGGAAUUCUUUUGUCUAGCAUGGGAAUUGGUUCUGAAUCAGCUUCUUUCCUCAUUAGCGGUGUCACAACCUUAUUGAUGCUUCCUAGCAUUGGUAUCGCCAUGAGGCUUAUAGAUGUAGCUGGCCGAAGGAUGCUGCUCUUAGCUACACUACCGAUUCUUUUGACAUCACUCGUUGUACUAGUUUUGAGCAAUAUGAUUCACAUGGAUUCAGUAACCCAUGCAGUUAUCUCCACCAUUAGUGUUGUAGUUUACUUUUGCACAUUCGUGAUGGGUUUUGGACCAAUCCCCAACACACUUUGCUCAGAGAUCUUCCCAACGCGUGUGAGAGGCCUUUGUAUUGCCAUUUGUGCACUUACCUUUUGGGUAGGAGACAUUAUAGUCACUUACACACUUCCAGUGCUGCUCACCACCAUUGGACUUCAGGGUGCUUUUGGAAUCUAUGCGGUUGUGUGUACCAUCUCAUGGUUUUUUGUUUACUUCAAAGUGCCUGAAACAAAGGGUAUGCCACUUGAAGUCAUUACAGAAUUUUUCGCCAUGGGUGCUAAUAAGAAGUCAAAUUGA